AUGGCGUUCAUGUCCCGGUUCUCUCGGUCCCGGAGCAGCUCCAGGUCUCCGAACCGGAAAGACUCGGAGCGCGCCUCCCCGAAGCUGAGCGUGUCCGAGCUGGAGCGGCUCCUUUACACCGGGAAAACCGCCUGCAACCACGCAGACGAAGUGUGGCCACGGCUCUACAUUGGAGAUCAAGACAUCGCAUCAGACCGGCGUGAGCUGGCCAAACUGGGCAUCACACACAUCCUGAACUGCGCCCAGAGCAAGUGGCGCGGUGGAGCCGAGUAUUACGCCGGGAUGAACAUCACCUACCACGGCAUCGAGGCUCACGACUCCCCCACCUUCGACAUGAGCGUCAACUUCUAUCCUGCAGCCGAGUUCAUCCACAAAGCCCUCGCCAGCGGAGGUAAGGUGCUGGUCCACUGCACUGUGGGAGUGAGCCGCUCAGCCACCCUGGUGCUGGCCUACCUGAUGAUCAGACAAAACCUGACUCUGGUGGAGGCCAUCAAAACAGUGAAGGACCACCGAGGCGUCAUCCCCAACCGGGGUUUCCUCCGCCAGCUCAACGGCCUGGACGGCAUCCUGAGAGAGAGCCGCAAGACGUCUCCGCAGAGCUGAAAACGCCCCCAACGCUCAACCAACCAAUCGGAGGCAGCGGCUCCACCGAGCGGCUACACCGGGCAAGGUAAAGGGACCAAGUCAGGAGCGAGCGGCCGGUUUGUGGCACUGCAGCUCUGUAGCAGCAGGCGACAGCAGAGUCAACAUCCUCACACUCCAUUCAGUCAUUUUUAAUUCUUAUUUAUUGAUUAUUGUUCAUUUUAUAUUGCCUUCUAUCUGUGUUCGCGCCUCUGAAACAACGACUGGAUUGUAAAAGUGUCCAGUGAAGCUGAUGGUCAUACACGAGGAGGAGGUCAGAGGAAACUGUCGCAAAUUUACCUCAAAGGGAUUUAUGACAACAUCCUCCAGGUGCGGUCACACCAGAAUUUAAAACAGCAAAUGAAUUCAUUUCAGUCAGAUCAGUGGAUUCGCUUGUGUUGAUGAACUAAAUCUGGACCAAUAGCGAGCCACGAACAGAGACUUGAAGCUCUCGUAGCCUUUUAUCUGUGUUUCAUUUAACCGCCCACAUCGGAGCAUCAGCUGCUGCACAAACACGACUGUUUUUUAGUCGGUAUGAGACAGGAGUCAAAGGUACAAACUCACCUGUAGAAUAAACUGUGGUGUCCACCUUCAGCAACUCUUAUCACCCAGCACGAAUUCAGCUGUGCCACUUUCUGGUGUGACCGGACCGAGACCUGGACUCAGAUAAAAACUCCCCCAGAAAGUACUUUAACGUUGGAAAAACUCCAGGACGGAUUUACUCGAUUAUUACUGAAGAAAAACUUCAGUAAGAUAUUGUUUAGAAGCCAGACGGGCCUUCAAAACACAAGAAAAUGAAGUUAUGACCUUGUUUUUCAUUAGGAUAGAAAAAUGGUUCCCAACAAGGGGUCCGGAGAAACAACUUAAAAUUUUGAUUAUAACACUUUUAAACCUUUUACGUGAGUUUGACCUCUUCAGGCCUCUGAAAACUAAUGCCGAUAACUGUCCUCAAUAUAAAUCCAUCCAGGGACUUUCAUAUCUGCUCUCUAUGAAUCCACAAAUAAUCAUUAAAAUUAAAUCUAAAUCAAAAUGAUCCUAGAAGUCUUUGGCCAGACUGGUUGAUCACCAGUUUAAAGGAUUUUUGCUUAAUGUUAAAGUACAGAAAUGAAAGCUUUCUGAUGAGUCUUAACAGAAUCUGUAGUUGCUGACACACAUUUAAAUCCUCAAUAAGUCAUUUAAAUCUCAUCUCUGGUGCAUUUUUCUUGUUUUCCCACAAAGGUCUUAAAAUGAUCUGAAUUAUACCGUAGAUUAAAUAAUCUCAUCGGUAGAUCUUGUAUUCACUUUUAUUAACAUUUCGCUCCUCAGACCUUCAAUAGGUUAAAAUUUAACGCCCCCUAAAGCAAGGGCAUGAUUUCCCCUGGAGAUGGCCCCUCUCAAUUUUCAAACUCCUAUUUUUCUUCAUUGUUUUUGUCCUUCUCACUUUAAACAUUGAUAACUACUUGCCCUGAAUUUCGCCUCUCAGGCUUCAUAAAUGCCUUCUUGGUUCUGCAGACAGAACUCAGGGCUGAAACAAUCCACUAACUCUUCUGCAUUUCUGGGUAAAAAAAACAACAUUUAGCUCUUUUUAUUUUAGAUAAUUCUCCUCAUGAAACAGUCAAACCAUCAAUGAAAGCUAAAAGAAAAAGAAAAACCCGAAAAAAUCAUUAUUGACAUUAUUACAGUUUUAAGGUACUUUAUUCUGGAAAUGAGUUUGAACUUUUUUAUCAAAUAUUUCUAAUGUAAUUUGAUAUUCAUCAGAAUCAGGAUUCUAUCAAGAGACUCACAGGUGAUGACUGGGUUGGUGCAUUAUAUGAGGCUUUUUUUGGUAUACUAACAUUAUCAUGGGAAGCAUGAUAACUAAUUUAAUCACCAGGACUGAAACAUCAUUAAUUAAGUUUGUACAAGUUGCUAAAUAAGUCAAAUUCACGAUCUGGUGCGUUUGUCUGUAGGACUUCAAGAACUUCAUGGUGAGUGUUCAUUUGCUGGAAUAAAAUCAGAUUUUAGGACCAAAUAACUGGUAUCAUCACUGCCCCCUACUGGUUAAAUUAUGCGAUCGUUUCCGCCCACACAUGGGCUGUCCUGUCUUUUCUAGUCAAGGCUACCAGCCAUCAGAGAGAAGAUUCUUCCUCGCGGUUUAAGUCUUUGCAGGUCUUCCCUCGACUUACUUUUUUACAUUCAGCAAGUGUCAUUAAGUGCUCUGAACAGCUCACACAGUAGUUGUAGCCCAGGUCUAAACCAGCACAGUUAUGUAGCCUGUUGAUUAUAGUAUUGCAGUGUCUGUGCAGUGUGUACACGGUUCUCUGUGGCCAGUGUGUGAAUAGCAGCAUACAGUAGACGUAUGAUGUGAUUUUUCUUUUCAGUCCUUCUUGACUUUUGUAUUAAAUAUCUUGUGUGUGAUCCAGUAGAUCCAGCAGUCCUUCAGCCCAUUCGGACAGGAUUUCACUGCUCUCCUCUUGUAGUUUAACUCAUUGUUCUGGUCGGCGCGUUAGAAAAAAACAGAACGAUGGGAUUACAGGAUGUUGUCUGUAGCAUUCAACAGGAUAAAGUCAGACGUGAGCCUCUCCUGAGGGUCAACAACCACAGUGAGUCAUGUGAAGUACAUCUUUUCACAUUCAGGAUGACUUACGCUUCCCCAGGAUAUGAUUAUCUCUCAUGAGCAUCGUGAGGAAACAUCCAAUAAUCUGCUAUGAAAGCAUAAAAAAAAGAUGCUUCAGAACAGAAAACUGCAGGAGGAGCAGUAAUUAACACUGGGCUGGGGUGAAACUUUACCUGCAUACAGGUUAAAACCAGAGAAAAUGCUGUUGGCACGUUGCUCUUUUGCUGUGGUGCGAACUGCAGAUGGAGGGCAGGAAGUGAUUUUCUGCACAGGAAGUGCUAUAUCCCGCGCUCUUUGUGUCGUUCACGGUUGCUCAAAUCGAUCGAACCGAGAAACGAGAAGUUGUUGAUCAUCAGGCUGACGGGCGGACAUUUGUGAGUGGUUAAUCUAGCAAACAACCACAGCGCAAACAUCAACAUCCAGCACGGCGGUGCUGAACGACAGUCGUCCCGGAGCACCUUGGUAACGAGGUCGUGGGCCUGACCGCUAAUGGAAAACUGUACGCCUCCACACUUUUCAAUGCUUUCAUUCGGUUUUUAGAGCAGAACAACGUCUGAACGAGCAGCUCGUUUGUUUUAUCUGCUGCCUCAACAGCAGCAAAAUCUUCGCUCCUCUUCGUCACGUAAGAGUCACGUCCAACAUAAGUUCUGAUUCUGGUAAUUUCAGCACAGUAGGAACUUUCCUCCAUCUCGUCCAUUGCGAUUUUCACUUCCUGCCCUCCAUCUGAAUUGAACGUAACCUGACAGCGAGCGACCUACUGAAUCCAGUCCGGAUGGUGCUUCAAACUCGAUAUCGUGCUCUAACGAGGCUUUUCAACAACUUCCAGUCUGGUGUAUCACGUGAACUUUCCAGUGACUGUUAGCUGUGUAGAGUAGCGCGCUGAGUGGUAACUUAAUACGCCAGCACAAGAAGCAUUUAGAGCAGACGAGCCGUGGAAGAUGAUACCGCUAAUGUGCCAUUGCAAAAGCUACCAACUGCCCGGACAACGCGAGCUGCAGGCUCAGUGCUGCACUCCCGUCUUGCGAAGUCGGCUCUUUUGUCGCGGCGUGAGUCGAGGCUCGUGCUCGCAUGCUGGCGAAAAACAACAGGAGAGCCGACGCUGAAGUUUAAACCAGCUUUCCCAGAACCCUCGUGCGUGUUUUUAACGAUUACCUCAAGCAUCGAACAGGUUUUUGUGACUCGCAGUCCUCGUCUGUGCUGUCUUAACGCCGCCGUGGUGAAGCAGAGGCGAAGAUCAAUGCCGCUCUGUCGUCUGCGUGUGGAGCUCAGCCAUUAGCUUAGCUUAGCGCGUAGCUUGUUUUUACGUGUCUGUUUGAGACAUAUUAACACACAUUGCACACAAAAAAGCAGCUUUUGAUUCCCAGCAGAGGAUUGCUGUUUUUGUUUUGCGAAGCUAGCCAAUGCUAACUCGUUUAGCAGAUCACGUUAGAGCAGAUGAACACAGUUGAGUCCGUUCCUACGAUUUUUCUUCAUGAACUUCAGCUGCUGUCAGCUCUAUGCUUUGAUUGGACGAUCACUUUAGAGAUGUUGCUAGCCUUUUUUUUAACUUUUGACAGAGCUAGGCUAGCUGUUUCUACCUGCUUCCAGUGUUUCUGCUAAGCUAAGCUAAUUGCCUUCAUACGACUUUGUCAUCUAACUCUCGCCAACGAAGCAGAUAAUUCCCUAAAAUGUUGAUAUAUUCCUUUAAAGAGUGUUUUGUAUUGUGGCCUUGAAAAGCAAGCAAACAAUCUGGACACGACUUUCGGGAGUUUAAAGGACAGUUUGCUUGGCUGGCUGUUGAAUUGUGAAGCUAUGAUGAAGUCACUCCCAGAAUUAAACUCCUCUCGUGUUGCGUUCGGCGUUGGGAAAACGGAGACUCUGUCCAAUCUGCCUUCACUGCCUCAGUUACAGCACGGAGGAAACCCUCUGAAGGCAGGAUGGACGCGGCCUCGCCAACAUUACGAUCUCCACCUUUGCUGUGUUGGAUCCGUGCGUUUCGUAUUCGUGAUUUUCCUGUGCCGUGAUUGGUCGUGGUCUCACUUCCUGUUUAUAUUCUCGUACUAUCUUUGUUUUCUUACGGCGACCUUUCUAUAGGAAAACUUGAAUUCUUUUGAGUUUAUUUUUGUAUCACUCUCUUUGAGGUUCACUGAAGGAGAAACUGGAAAAGGAGAUGUUGAUGCCUUAAUCUGUGUACUCCAACUUGGUUUUUAUGUUUUUACUGUGAAUAACACUGAGCAUUGAUGACUUUGUUUUGAUAACUUCUGUACUUAAUCAGAAAUAAAAAAAAAACUU